AUGGAAGGAAUCCUUUAUUUUUUGGUGUGUGCAGUCCUUGUAAACAGCUGUAUUUGUGCAGCCACUACCGGCAGAGAGAAUCGGCCGAAACCACAUGAAGAUAUCUCCUUAUCAGAAAAAGAGCAUGAAGAAGAUGGUGAGCAUAACUCAGAGUACGACCACGAGGCCUUCCUAGGAGGCAUGAAAGAUGAAUAUGACGAUCUGCCCCCAGGAGAAGCCGUAAAACGGCUAAGAGUUUUGGUCAAGAAAGUGGAUUCUGAUAAGGACGGGUUUGUCACAGAAGAAGAGCUGACAAAGUGGGUGAGAGAUGUGUUCAACAAACGUCUGCUGGAGGGAGUGCAGGAAGAUUUGAGUUCAAAAGACAUGGACUCGGAUGGCAAAUUAACUUGGGAUGAGUACGUAAAGGCGACUUACGGCCCGGAGGAAAUGGGAGAUGAUGCCGAUGAAGAAUCAAAGAAGUUGUUGAAAACGGACAAAAGACGAUUCGAUACAGCUGAUAAAGACAAGGACGGAGCCCUCGUCAAGGAAGAGUUUGUUCACUUCAUGCAUCCAGAGUCAUCUCCAGAGAUGGCCGAUAUUCACGUUCUGGAAACUAUCGAAGGUUUGUAGUUAGUUACUAAAAAUUUUACCAAAAUAUUUUCAUUGCAUUUCAAGGUCUUAGAAGAUUUGACUCGUGUGCCCUCAGAGAAAAUACGCGUUCAUAUCAAAACACAUCAGACCCCGCAUUGCGAUGAUAAUUGAUUUCGGAAUAUUGAUCAUUCUAAUUACAAUCAUGAGCCGAAACAGUUUUUCUUCAUUUUCAAAGUGUAACACAACCAUAAUAUUUCUCUGUUAAGCUGUGAAACAGUCAUCCAUGAACAUUGUUUCUGUUUUCUAUUGUUGCCAAGAAUUUGAAAGGAAAAUUUAUUAACUUUUUAGACUUAGUCUUUCUUAUGUAAAUCAGAGAUAUUGGGUUUACAAAUCAUUUUCCUUUUCAAUAAAAUAUCCACACUUUUUCUACAUACAAAUUGAGAGUAAUUAUUAUUGGAAUUCACACGUAAAAAAUUAAUGAGUUAUGUUUCCAUGGAGUACUGAGGAUUAAAAAGAUAUGCCCUUAAAACGUAUACUCAUAACAGUCAAAUAGUAUCAAGGUUAGUCACAAUGGUUCUCAAAAAAUACAGCUUUUGUAUAGCUCACCUAUAAUCAUCAAAACCUGUCUAACAUUAUAAAUAUCUUGGCAUGCAAAAAGGCAAUAAUAACCUCUAAACAAGUUAUCUUUUUCUUCCCAUUAAUCUGUAGCAUCUUUGGGCACCCUGGAUUUUCCACACUUUUAUUGGUGGAUGUUUUGGUUCUCCAAUGUUUCUUAAUGAUGACCCAUUUAUUCAGCUGUGUUUCCUCUGCUCUGAUCUGCAUUUUUCAUAACAACCAGUCGUUACAGGUGCUACUUAAACAUUUUUUGUCAUCCCCUUCAAUUUAAAGAAUUGUGUCAAAAUGUCUUGAAAGAAAAUAUUUCCAAUAUAAACAUUAAGCCCUGUAAGAAAAAGAAGAGGGAAUUUUCAAACACUUUUUGAGGUCAUCUCUUUACCUGAUAUUCUUCACAGUCAUUUAUACUCUCUCAUUUAUGGUCUCUACCUGCUGGCUUCAAAUGAGACAUUUCUGCCGUGUUUUUCUAUUUGGCUUCAAAUCAGUGACAGUGUGAAACCUGUUCAGCCAAAGUUUAAUUUCCAUGACAGAGAGCAUCCAGUCAAAAUUUGUUUUAAUUCAUAUGAACAUGAACGUCUUUGAAAUGUAGGCAUUAUAAGCAACUGAAAAAAUGCCUGUUAAAACAAUGACUGACAGAAUAUUCAUAACAUUCAUUAUCAAUUUGAGUAUCUUUUGGUCCUGCUCAAUUAAAUUCUUCAACCUGCCUGGCACUUGUUAAGAAGUCUAUACUUGAGAAACAAAAUGAAUAUUUCUGACAUCUAUCUCACUCUUUAGGAAAUGUUUCUUCCUUUUUAAACCUUUUUAAUUGAUGAAUUUUGUGGGACUUUUUAAGUUCAGAGGUUGGUCUAAGAUCUAAAGUGUAUUUUUGUUUUGAUUCUCAAUUUUGCAUUCAAAUUAAUUUAUGACUAAGGGAAGAAAAACUGUUCUUUUUUUAGAUACUGAUAAUGACAAGGAUGGCUUUAUCAGCAAGAAGGAAUUUUUGGGAGAUUUCCAGGAUCCUAAUGACGAGGAAGCAGAGGAACCUGAAUGGGUGAAGGAAGAAACCCAACGGUUCAAUGAGGAAUAUGACAAAAAUCAUGAUGGCAAACUUGAUAAAGAAGAGGUAAACUUGAUAAUCCUGACUUCAUGAAAGGCAGUUGUCACUUGCAUAUCUAGUGAAGAGCCUGACUCACCAAAAAAUGAGUUGUGGCUCACUUAGUAGAGCAUCCAGUUAUAAAAUCAAACCUGGCUUCUGAAUCUUAAGGGACAAAUCAGAUUUUUGUGUUUGUUUGUUUGGACAGAUACAAAGGUUGUAACAGCAUUUAAUUCAGUUAGUCUGUGUCUCUUUCAUGGCAGUUUCCGAACAAGCAGUUCAACUGAGUGAGUGAUGUCCCCCAAAAGAAACAAAGCCAGUUAUAACAUGAAGCAAAUUCAUUAUUUCACAGAUAUCUGACUAUUUUGAUUUCUGACUCUCAUGUAUUUCCCCAAGAUCUUUCUCUGCAUGGUAAACUACAUAUUGUGAGUCUGAUGACAAAAAAUUGCCAAAAGAAAAAGUCAAAAACCAUCUAGGUUUGAGGCUUUUGGUAAAAUUGUGCACCAUGACCAUUUGAAAGUUGACAAAAAUUACAGACAAGUGUCGAAGUUUAAGUCCUUCUGUUCAGUCAGUGAAAAGUUAAAAACAUUUUUUUCAUCUUUUGGGGCUUAGAGAGGGAAAAUAAAGUACUGUAAUAAUCUCUGCAUCUCAUCAUUGUUGUAGGUGAGGCAAUGGAUUCUUCCCGAGACGGAUCACAUGAUGGCACUGGAGGAGUCAAAGCAUCUGAUUCAAAGUGCUGAUGAAAACAAGGAUGGAAAACUUAGUGAAGAGGAAAUUGCGCAACACCAUGAAGUUUUUGUUGGCAGCGAGGCCACAGACUAUGGUCGUGCCCUACCAAAACAUGAAGAACUUUAAUUGUUCUGGUUCAGUCUUGGUACUAGAUUAAAU